AUGCGUUCCUCAAUCUUCAUUUCAUUGGUCUUGUCGACUCUGGCAGCGGCACACACAGUCAUCACAUAUCCAGGGUGGAGAGGAGAUAACCUGAUCACAAAUGAUGAAUUUCCAUACGGAAUGCAGUGGAUGUAUCCUUGCGGUGGUAUGAACUUGACCACAAACCGGACAUACUGGCCGACGACGGGAGGCGCCAUUUCCUUCCAGCCUGGUUGGUUCCAAGGACAUGCGACGGCCUUCCUGUACGUCAACUUGGGUAUUGGUACCGAUGGCCCUGAAGGUGGCCCGGGCAACAUGUCGCUGCCCAUGGUUUCGCCCUUCCAGAUCCUUGGACCGACCAAGAACCCCUACCCGGGAACCGUUUGUCUGCCCCAGGUGCCGCUUCCGACGAACUUGACGGUCAACCCUGGCGACAACGCGACCAUUCAAGUCGUGGAGCUUGCUCAGCACGGUGCUUCCCUGUUCUCGUGCGUUGACAUCACCUUCGUCGAGCCCGGUGAUAGUCGCCUAAACGAGGUCAACGAGACCAACUGCUUCAACAGUACCGACAUUGGCUUCGCCGAAAUCUACACCAUUACGACCAAGGCAGUCGGUAGCACCGCCAAUGCGACCGUUAGUGGUGCCGUGUCAUCUUUCCUGCGAUCUGGCUCCUCGUGGCUGGGAUACUUGCCCCUUCUGAUUGCCUCGACGUGGUUCCUGGCAUAA